AUGGAAAGAGAUAAGAAUAUUGAAAUGUUUCUCACCUGGAAAGAAGAGUCCUCCCUCCAUAAAGAGUUCAUGCAGAAUGCACGAGGCGGGCAGAGGAUUUUGAAUGAAGAAGGUGUCCGAUGGGAAACACCUUCCCAGGACAUCAGGGAAUUUCGGCUCAUCCCAAAACAGACGUCGCAGACAGCUGGCAGAAAAGUAGAUGAAUGUGUGCUAGACUUCGACUCUGAUGAAGACGAAUUUUUCAUUGGACAGCUGAGUGAUACAUCAAGAAAUAUUGAUGAGGGCCCAUGGGUGACAAACAUUCAAGUGAAUGACACCUUGAUGAAGUUCAAGAUAGAUUGUGGUGCGGAUGUCACUGCCAUAUCUGAUACCUGUUUCAAGAAACUUGGCAAUGUCAAACUUGAAAAGACCAAGAAGAAAUUACUUGGCCCAGCUAAAAUAAAACUCGAUGUCAUAGGGGUGUUUACCCCGAAGCUAACCAAAGGCAGCAAGGUAACAUCACAAGACAUCUAUGUUAUGAGAAACCUUGACAGAAGUCUACUGGGGAGACCAGCCUUAACAGCCCUUGAAUUGAUCAAGUUUGUUGACUCAAUCACAAUCGAUGAUGUGGAGAGAGACUUUCCAUCAUUGUUCAAAGGUCUGGGUGAAAUUCCGGGUGAACAUGACAUAGAACUAACUGAUAAUGCUGUUCCCUGUUCUCUAAACACACCAAGACGUGUACCCAUACCACUCCUUGAAAAGGUCAAGAAAGAGCUUGAGAAAAUGCAGGAUCUGCAAGUCAAUGAACCAGUUACGCAUCCAACUGACUGGUGUUCAGGUAUUGUCGUCGUUCCGAAGGGGAAGACAGGAGUGAGAAUCUGUGUUGAUCUGAGACAGCUCAACAAUAGUGUGAAGAGAGAAAUUUACACUAUGCCUGCAGUUGAUCAUAUUCUCGGUCAGAUUAAAGGUGCUAAGUACUUUACUUGCUUAGAUGCUAAUUCAGGCUUUUACCAGCUGAAGUUGUCAGACAAAGCAUCCAAGUUAACAACUUUCAUAACUCCAUUUGGCCGAUAUCGGUUCAAAAGGAUGCCAUUUGGAAUCUCGAGUGCACCCGAGAUAUUUCAACGAACAAUGUCUCAAAUCCUGAAAGAUCUUCCUGGUGUAAUCUGCCUGGUGGACGACAUACUCAUCUAUGGCUCGACUCAAGAGGAGCAUGAUAAGCGUCUCAUGAGAGUACUCAAACGCCUAGCAGAUAAUUGUGUCACACUCAACAGGGACAAGUGCGAGUUCAACAAGACUAAACUGAAGUUUGUUGGACAUGUCAUCAGUGAGAAUGGUGUUCAACCUGACCCGGAUAAAGUCAAAGCCCUUGUCAACAUGAAACCUCCUACAGACAAAACUGAGCUGAGAAGAUUUCUCGGUAUGGUGAACCAGAUGUCAAAGUUCUCUGACAAACUUGCUGAAGGUACCAAACCCCUGAGAGAGUUGCUACAUAAAGACAGUACAUUCCUAUGGAGUGAUGUACAACAAGCCUCAUUUGAUGAAGUCAAACGUCAAAUAGGUGACGCACCAACUCUGGCGUUGUAUGACUCAGCAAGAGAAACGAUUGUAUCAGCAGAUGCAUCAUCAUAUGGUAUUGGAGCUGAGCUGAAACAGAAACAAUCUGAUGGAUCAUGGAAACCAGUAAUCUUGGCAUCCAGGUCUCUAAGUGAUACAGAGCAAAGAUACGCACAGAUCGAAAAAGAAGCUCUGGCGAUUACCUGGGCAACAGAACGGUUCAACGAUUAUGUGCUUGGAAAACACUUCCAAAUAGAGACUGACCAUAAACCUCUUGUUUCCAUACUUGGAUCCAAAUGUCUCAGUGAUCUGUCUCCAAGAUUGCAACGAUUCAGAAUGAGGUUAAUGCGAUAUAGUUAUUCUGUGUUCCACACACCUGGCAAAAAUCUGGCAAUUGCAGAUACACUGUCAAGAUCACCGGUGGAUGAAAUCCUCCUAGCUGAAGACAAACUCUUUGAACAAGAGACUGAUCUCUUUGUUGAUCUAGUAGUGUCACAACUACCAGCUUCUGAUGCGAAGUUAACAGAAAUAGCCUCAGAACAAGAGAAAGUGUAUGGCAGAAUAUCCACAUUCCUACAGAACAAGUGGCCUGCCCAACAUUCCCUGUCAACAGAGGAGAAGCAGCUAUACAAAGUGAGACAUGAUUUGUCUAUGGUGAAUGAUCUGUUGUUAAAAGGCAAUAGACUGGUGAUACCUCUGACUCUUCGAUCUCAAAUGCUCGAGAAGAUUCAUGCGGGACAUCAUGGAAUCCCUAAGUGUCGAGAGAGGGCAAUGACAGCUGUAUGGUGGCCAGGACUGAGUGCAGAAAUCAGAUCUGUUGUUGAACACUGCAAAAUCUGUUCAAAGUACAGGAGAAAUCCAACUCAACCUCUCCUACCAACACCAAUUCCUGAUCGACCUUGGCAGAGAGUAGGUACAGACCUGUUUGAACUCAACAAAGCAAUGUACAUACUGGUCAUUGACUACUUCUCAAGGUACAUAGAAGUCAUCAAGCUGUCUUCUACAACAUUAAAGAGUAUCAUCAACAGUUUGAAAUCUGUAUUCUCUAGACAUGGGAUACCAGAGGUAGUUAUCUCAGAUAAUGGACCUCAAUAUUCUUCACAGGACUUCUUUGAGUUUGCUCAACAGUACAACUUUACUCACAUCACAUCCAGCCCGUUGUAUCCAAGAAGCAAUGGAGAGGCUGAGCGAGCUGUUCAGUCAUGCAAGAAUAUGUUGCGUAAAGCUGAUGAUCCAUAUCUUGCAAUGUUGGAAUACAGGUCAACACCUGUAUCUGGUGGAUUAUCUCCAAGUGAGCUUCUAAUGGGAAGAAAGCUGAGAACAAGCUUGCCAUGUCAUCCUACACAACUACAAUCCAAACAUGUGGAUGUGAAAAGAUUCAAGCAAACUGAAUCUGUGAAAAAACUAGUAAUGAAAGAUCAGUAUGAUCAUCAUCAUAAUGUGCGACCAAUGUCUGAGCUCAAACAUGGUGAUUGUGUUUGGGUAAAUCAGUCCGAGUCGAAAGUGGUCGGUAAAGCCGACACCCCGCGGUCAUAUAUUGUGUCAACCCCAAAGGGGGAGGUGUCGCAAUAG